CCAACAAACUCACUCUCUCUCUCUCUCUCUCUCUCUCUCUCUUCCUCUUCUCUCUCUCACAGAAUCCAAAGGUUAAAACCAACAACAGAACAAUCUCACUUCACCACCCCAAAAAAAAAAAAAAAAACUUUCAAUCUUUAUUUCUUACUAAAUCCCACUCUCUGCAAAAAGAUCUCCGUUUGCUCAAUCCCCAUUUCCCUACACGUCAUUUCUCUGUCUUUCUCCCUCUCCCCCCAAAAAAUGGAUGUCUGGUCUCCUUCUGUCGCCAUGGAUGACGAGUUUGAGAAGCUCCUCAUUCGUAUGAACCCUCCAAGGGUCACCGUUGAUAAUGCCUCCAGCCGGAAAGCCACCUUGAUAAAGGUUUAUUUGCAAGUUGACAGCGCAAACAAACAUGGGAGUUUGUUGGAGGUGGUGCAGGUUCUCACUGAUCUCGAUCUCAUCACUCGCCGUGCUUACAUUUCUUCCGACGGCGAAUGGUUCAUGGAUGUGUUUCAUGUUACGGAUCAGAAUGGGAAUAAGCUAUCCGAGGAUGAUGUUGCUGACAGAAUUCAACAGGUAAAAUCAAUGGAUUCAUUGGGACCGAGAUCACGAGGUAGCUUUCGGUCCCUAAGACGAUCAGUAGGCCUAGUCCAGUCAGCAGACGAGAACACGACGAUUGAAUUAACAGGAAGGGACCGACCCGGUUUGCUAUCCGAGGUGUUUGCAGUGCUAGCAGACCUCAAGUGCAAUGUAGCAGCAGCAGAGGUCUGGACACACAAUUCCAGGAUGGCUUCGGUAGUUUACAUCACCGACGAGGCUACUGGGGCACCCAUUGACGAUCCAGAUAGGCUGGGGAAGAUCAAGCAGCUGCUGUUGUAUGUGCUGAAGGGGGAUAGAGAUAGGAGGAGUGCUAAUACCGCGGUUUCUGUUGGGUCUACUCAUAAGGAUAGGAGGCUGCAUCAGAUGAUGUAUGCUGAUAGGGAUUAUGAUGUGGAGGAGGAUGUGGAGGAGGAAAAUGGGAAUAGGCCACUUGUCACUGUGGAGAAUUGUUUGGAGAAGGGGUACACGGUUGUGAAUUUGAGGUGUGGGGAUAGGCCUAAGUUGCUGUUUGAUACGGUUUGCACGUUGACUGAUAUGCAGUAUGUUGUGUAUCAUGCCACCAUCAUUGCUGAAGGGCCAGAGGCUUAUCAGGAAUACUACAUCAGGCACAUAGAUGGAUCCCCAAUUAGCUCAGAAGCAGAAAGGCAAAGGGUGAUCAAUUGCUUGGAAGCUGCAAUCAAGAGAAGAACAUCUGAGGGGAUAAGAUUGGAACUCUGUUGUGAAGACAGAGUUGGCCUUUUAUCGGAUGUGACUAGGAUCUUCAGAGAAAAUGGCCUCGCGGUGAGUCGAGCUGAGGUAACUACCAGAGGAGACCAAGCAGUGAAUGCUUUCUAUGUGACUGAUGCGUCAGGGCACCCUUCAGUGAAGACUGAGACCAUUGAAGCAGUGAGGAAAGAGAUCGGUCUGGCAGUUCUUCGAGUGAAGGAGGAGGCUUACUCAAGCUCUCCACCUGCUCAAGAACAUGGCAAGUUCUCCCUCGGUAACCUCUUUCGAACGAGAUCAGAGAAGUUCCUAUAUAACUUGGGCUUGAUCAAGUCUUGUACUUGAGUCUUGAGUAGUUUAAGUGGGUUUUUACCUUUUUUAGGGUGCUGUAAAUGGCUCUAUGGUGAGAUUCUGGGAAGUGUAGGUGCAGUUACUAGAUGUUCUCUAGGUCUUGUUUCUUCUCUUUUUGGGGUCAAUUGGUAGUUAAUCUUGGUUCAUAAGCCUCAAGAAAUCACCUCUGUAAAGCUGGUUUUUCUUUCUGUUCUUUUGUAAAUAGCUUUUCUUUUGCUUUAGCCUACUUGGGUCCUAAUGGGUCAACUGUAAAUUGGACACAAUCAUUGUUUCAACUAGAGCAGAAUGUUCAUUAGUUCAACCUGUUGUGUUUUUCCCUACUCCUGGGAGAUUGGGUGGAAAUGUCCUGUGGCUAAUAAUGAAGUGCUUUAAAAACA